AUGAAGUAUCCUACUAUACAACCAGGUACGUCAAUUAAGAAAUUAGCAGGCCGACAUAAUUAAUGAAUUGCAUGACAGCUAGGGCCUGCGGUACAUUAGUUUUUCAAGUGAUGAGGGUGCUGAAUUGAAUUGUGUAUGAAACUGAUGGGAGUGGUCCUUAAGGGCAUCUCUCGGUUCAAAUGGGUCUACAUGUAGUUGUUACAUAUAAAAUAAAGAGUGCAAGGAUUAACACACUCAAUUGUCCAGCAAAUCUGUAAAACAGCUAAAUACAGUGUGUUUUUCACUUUUCGAGCCUGAAAUUCCUGUUAUUUUUUUUGGCUUUCCAAUAAUAUUGAUAUCAGCCAGCCAAUUCCCAAUGUGUGCCACUAGCAAACUCCUUUGGUCAUAAGAAGUGUGCUUUGCAAUCAAAAAGGGAUCAAAAUUAUGUUUUUUUAUGCGUUGAUUUUCACUCAUAUUUUGAAGCUUGCUUUUAAAUUAAUCAUUUUUAGUUUACUUAUACAGAUAUCAGUACAAAUUCUUUAUUCAAAUAGUUUAUGGGGCAUAAUAUUUUUUUAUUAGUGGACAACGAUAGCUGUAGGUCAAUCAAUUAGCUCUACAAUUAACUGUACUAAAGGGUUCAUUGUAAGUGGUACCUGUAAACCAGGCCCCAGCUGCUCCAAAGUUGGAUAGCGCUAUCCACCUUAUAGAGCAUUUUAACUCGUGUGGACAGCAGCUAUAUGCAAAUUUAUUGGAUCCAAAGAAAGCGUUUACAUGAGAAAAAUGUUGAACUCUCACAGGACUUGUUUGGGAAGCCAACAUGGCAGACAUGACGUCAUGUGAAAAUGCUCUAUAUAAUUAAAUCACCAUCCAGUGGGUUAGUAUUUAAAAAAUCCAAUAAAAUAUUCCACUAUCCACGGGAUAGUAAUAAAGCUAUAGUAUAGCACUGUCCACCUUGUAAACAACUGGGGCCUUACUUGGCACUCAUCUUGAAGUCAGAGUAAGUAAUGAAAAUUAUUCUAACUUUUAAAUCCAGUCACAGGUGUUAUCCUUUUGGGGCUAGGGGUCAGUUCAAUAGUACACCUGUCAGGGCAACCUUCAGGGUGUCCAGUUCCUAUUUUUUCCUAUUUUUUCCUAUUUUUUGAGCCUACUCCUAUUUUCUCCUAUUUUUAAACUAAAACCUCCUAUCUUUCCUAUUUUUUGGCUGGUGAAGCCAAAAUUUGUAACUAAAUUGAAAGUGGAAUUAGCUUUUGAGUGAGCUUUAUCAUAAGGCAAGUAGUAUUUUGACUUUGAUGUUCUAAUAUUAGCAAAAAUAAUAGAACUUUACAUUUGUUCUUCCCAUGUCCUCUAUUGCCUAUUAGGGUUCUGUUAACAACUUUGUUAUAUUGCUACUUUACGCGCUUUUGAUGAUAUUUGCAUGGAAAAGGCGUUUUAUAAAUUUUAAAUUAUUAUUAUUAUUACUACUUUUUGUAUAAUUUUCUAGUGCACCUACAUGUAUUGUAUGUCGUGUUAUAGUUCUCAUGACUAUUGAAUAAUAAUGUGCAUAGCACAGAAACUGCAUUUCAGUAUGUGCAUUUUUAUGUUUAUCUUUCAACCUGAAAUCAGGAUCAAGUUGUCCUCUCACAGCAAAGGGCAGAUAAAUCAUCCAAUCAGCUUCUUGUUUAAAAAUCCAAUCACUAGCUGAUUCUGGAUGCCACGAACAGACUAAAGUUUAGCUGUUUACAGCACUAGCCCCCCUUGGUGAACCGUUUAGCUUGUUAACAGCUAUUCCUAAGCUACUGACAAAGGAUCCAAUAUUUUGGUCGUGAAACCGGUCUUGCAGUCAUAGCUAAGCAGAGUGUUAUGUUCUUCUUAGAACUUAACCAUGACACACUUACAAUCUGGUUAACGGAAUAGGUCAGUGUCAUUUUGCAUACACCGCGGACCGGAAAGCCUGGUUCUGUACUUAAAUUAAAAUUAUGCGGUCUUUUGACUCAAACAAGCAUAAUUAUUCUCAACCAGCCACUGAUUGCAGAUUAAUGGAAGGAAAGCUUUCCAUAGGACUUUUAAGUCCUUGUUCGAUAGUCUUCAGUGACAACACAAUCAUAACAAAUUUCGGUCCUAAGAAAUUUCACUCUUCAAAACUUCUGAAAGAUUUGCUGCCAACUUGAAGGGAAUUUGCAUAUGAUCAUCUUUGAUUAUAAAACCAUGCUCAACCUCUAGUCCAGCAUAUCAUCAGUUCUGAUUACACACACUGAGCCAAUAAACUAAACGAUAAUGAUCAUUUUCACGCCUUCUUACCAGUGAAAGUUGAUCUAAAUCCUGGAACGUGGAAGCUAAGGACUCGUAGCCUUUAUUAUAACCCUGAUGUGGUGCAGUCAAUCUAUCUUUGUCGAGAAAAGUACUAUUGAUUUUCCUAUUUUCUCCAAUUUUUUAAUAGAAAGUUUCCUAUUUUUCCUAUUUUCAUAAUCCUAAGUGUCCUAUUUUCCUAUUUUAUUUGAGCAACCAUGCUGCUGGACACCCUGUUGCUCACAGGGAGAUCAGGGAACCCCUGGGGUAUGACGGGAGUUGGGCCCGUAUGAGGGGAACAGGAACAAGACAGUUAUUUCCAUUGGAAUCAUGAUUUUUCCUUGCAAAUGAUUGGUUGAUAAUUUUGCUGGAAUUGCAUUGCAUGUGACUCACACGGCAAUUGCUAAUACUAUCAUAUUAUUUAUCAUUGUCGCUCUGCCUCUAACCCCCUGGCAAUCUAACCCUGUAGGUAGUGUGUAAGAUGACAAAAAGUCAUUGUUGUCAUAUGAAGCUUAAAUAUCCCUCCAAUGGAUAAGGCAACAAUACGGUUUUCCAAAUACUUAUGUGCUACACCAUAGAUAUGAUUUAACUGGUUGAUGGCACUUAAUCCAACUUUUGGACAAUCCCGGAGGAAUUAGGUCAGAGGUUCCGGAGGAAUUAGGUCAGAGGUUCCUUUUGUUUUUUGUUUUUUUAACUGAAUUACCUGUUGCUGUUUUUGUUUUCUACCGCAUUGCCUGGGUUACUAACAAUCAUUUAUAAGGAACGUCAUGUUUUAACACAACAUACAUGAAAUAGGUGUAUAAAUAAAGUGUAUUAAUUUUAACUGACAAAAAAUUGUUUGAAUAAUCAGUUUUCAUGAUUCCGCCCUUUGUUUUGCAGAAAAAGAGGCUGCCUUGGUUAAAGAAAUUCGUCAAGUGGCUUUGGAAAAUGUUUCUCAAGAUGCUUAUAUAAGAGCUUUGCUGUUGAUCAUGCGUGCAGUAGAUAACUUCUACAUGCUCUCUGAUCCUCUUCUAAGGAGACAUUUCUCUAAAGAGGAAUACAAGCUAGCCAAAGAGAGAAUCAAGGACCUUGUUGGCCUUGGAAAGAAAAAGGGGGAUGGCAAAUAG